AUGGAGGUCAUACUUUUCUACAGUAGACUCUGGUUGAUGGUGGUGACUGCACAUGUGCAUAAAAGUUAUUCUAAGAUCUCUUAUUCACCUUUUUCCAUCAUUCCAUCCAGACUGCAGCUCUUUGAAUAUGAGUCAGUCUCUUUUACCUGUGAAGGGUUUAACAUUUCAGCAGGAUGGAAAAUAGUGGAGAAUACUGGUGUGAGAGUGGAGCAGAGAGAAGCAACACUGUCAGUAUCACUGUUUCAGCUGGUGCUGUGAUACUUGAGAGUCCUGUCCAUCCUGUGGUGGAAGGAGAUGCUGUUAUUCUGCACUGUAGAAACAAGACAGACAAACAAGACGCAAAUUUCACAGCUGAUUUCUACAAAGAUAGCUUGCCCAUGGGUACCAGCUAUGAUGGAAAGUUAGAAAUCCAAAAGGUUUCAAAGUCUCAUGAAGGAUUCUAUAAAUGCAAAAUACAGGGAGUUAGGGAAUCACCAGAGAGCUGGCUGGCUGUCAGAAGCAAAUCCAAUGCACGGAAAGUAUCUCAUGAAGAAAUUGCUUUUUCACUCAAUUUCUACAUCUUGCGGUGCACAGCUGUGACGGUUGGGUUGGCCCUGCAGCUGCUGGUGUUGGGACUACUUCAGUGGAAGCUGCAACUGGUGCUCAGUGUGCUCUUGCUUCUGACCUCACAUUUUCAUUGAAAUUGUGCCCCGAGAAGUGUUGAUGCUGUGAUCCGAGAGUCCUGCUCAUAAUCUGAUAGAGGAAUAAGCUGCAAUAAUAACACAUUAUCUGCCAGCCUCCUGC